UUACACAUAGUGUCAUCUCUACUGUUCCACUUAAUUUCAAUCAACAACUUAAAAGAGAAAGAAAUGUAUAAAGAAGCGAAGAUUUUAGUUUUAUCUUCAGCCAUCCUCUUCUGUCUCUUACCUUCAUCCCAAGCCACUUCAUCUAAUUACAAUCAAAUGCUGAGGGCCAGACCUUAUUACGUCGCUCCUCGACCCGAUGACAAUCAUCAACCCAACGCGGACUCGUAUCCCGUUCCUCCUCACGCCGUGUCGUCUUACGCCGCACCUCUCGUUGCCAUUUCGGUCGAUUACGAAACGACUCCCGCCGCCAUCAUUCCUCCGACCACCGCAGCAAUUCCAAAAAGCGAAGAAACUGAUCCUUCAAGUAUUAGUAGAGACUCGGAUGAGAAUACUAAUGAUGCUUAUAAUAAUGCUACCGAAGUUAUUUCUCUCGUUCCCGAGGUUGAUAUUACAACAACUUCUUACGAUGGCGAAACAACUUUCUGGGUACUGGAAACUUCGUAUGGAGAUGCUGCUCCGUACGAAGGUACCACUCACGCACCCAUCUACUUAUCUACUUCUACGAGUGCCAUCUAAUAAUAUAUAGCUGAUGCCAUCGCGGAUGACCGUUUUAUCGUUCGUAUUAUAGCCUGCAUGUAGUGAUAUGCUUCAAUUGAUUUCACACAAAUUUAUGUUCUAGCCUACCCGUUCUGCCAAUUUUUUA